UUGGUGUUUUCACAAACAAAUAAUUAAGCUCUUCAAGCCCUAUCAUCACUCUCUACCACAUGGAGUUCCAACAAAUAGGACCCUCUUUCCAAGUCCUUCUCUUUUCAGUUUUUAUGUUUAUUUUGGUGAGCAUACUCUUGAAGAGAGGUCAAACAAGAAAUAACCCAGCUUCAAAACUACCCCCAGGUCCAUGGAGACUACCCUUUCUGGGAAACUUGCACCAACUUUUGGGUCCUUUGCCUCAUCAAACAUUCAGAGACUUGGCCAAAAAACAUGGACCUAUAAUGUACCUCGAAGUCGGACAAGUUCCAACCGUAGUAGUUUCAUCACGAGAGUAUGCUAAAGAGGUCUUGAAAGUCCAUGAUAAUGCUCUUGCAUCAAGACCAGAUACUCUUGCUACACGAAUCUUGUCAUAUGAUGGCACUGACCUUACAUUUGCUCCACAUGGUCAGUAUUGGAAAGAGGUAAGAAAGAUUUGUGUGCAAGAGCUUCUAACCUCAUCUAGGGUUAAAACUUAUCAAUCCAUUAGAGAAGAAGAGUCCUUUAAUAUUGUAAAAGAUAUAGCCUCAAAAGUUGGCUCACCUAUCAAUCUUACUAAAAUGUUGAAAACUUUGUCUUAUAGCAUCACAUAUAAGACUGCCUUUGGCAACCAAAGGAGUGAUCAUGGUGAGUUCAUAUCACUUAUGAAGGAAAUUGUGCAAUGGUCUGCUGGGUUUGCAUUUGGAGAUCUCUUUCCAUCUUUGAGUUUUCUUGAUUGGUAUACUAUAAGUAAAUUAACCCAUUUGAGACGAAAGUCAUCAAGAAUAGUGGAAAGAAUCAUCAACUCACAUACAGAUCAAGACAAGGAGAUCAAGUCUCACACAAAGAAAAGUGAAGAAGAGGAAAAAUUUGUUGAUGUUCUUUUGAGAUUUCAUGAGCGUGAAGAUCCUAAUGAUAAGUUCACAUUAACAAUGGACAAUAUUAAAGCAAUUAUUCCUAACAUAUUUGGAGCUGGGAGUGAUACAUCAGCAGUAACUAUUGAGUCGGCUAUGGCAGAAAUGAUGAGAAAUCCAAGAGUGAUGAAGAAAGCUCAAGAUGAGGUUAGAGAAAUCUUUGGCAAAAAAGGGUUAGAUGAAUCUUCAAUAAAUGAGAUGAAAUACUUAAAAUUAGUUAUUAAAGAAGUUUUAAGGUUGCAUCCUCCAGCUUCCAUGUUAGUUCCAAGAGAAAGUAGAGAAAAGUGUGAGAUUAACGGUUAUGAAAUACCUACGAAAACUCGGAUAAUUGUAAAUGCAUGGGCAAUUGGAAGAGAUCCUAAAUAUUGGAUUGAACCUGAGAGUUUUAUGCCAGAGAGGUUUGUUGAUAGCUCUAUUGAUUUCAAAGGAAAUAAUUUUGAGUAUCUCCCAUUCGGUGCCGGAAGGAGAAUAUGUCCCGGUAUAUCAUUUGCUCUCAGCAAUGUUGAGCUUCCUCUAGCAUUUUUACUAUACCAUUUCGAUUGGAAACUCCCCGAUGGAAUGAAACCUGAACAGUUGGAUAUGACAGACAGAUUUGGCAUUGUAAUCUAUAGAAAGAAUGAUUUGUACUUGAUUCCUUCAAAAUAUGAUCCACCUUCUAUGGACAAAGCAAAGAAGAUAUAAAGUAGUUUGCCUUAGGCUGAUUUCUCUUCUUUUUUACUAUGUUGAACUAUAUAUAUAUAUAUCAGAAUACACAAAUAAUCAGAUUGAAGUAAAUCCUAAAAGCAUGUAGAUAUCUAGUAGCUUUGUAAUAUAAAGAAAAUUUGUAUCACUUUGAAAUAAUUUUAUCAAUAAAUAUUUACUAAAUAAAA